GCAACAAUAACAAAACAAAAACAGAAACAAAACUCAGUCUUCGGGAAUCACGCUAAUUACGGGCUAAUUAUCGGAGGAAACUGUACCUAAAUGCUCUUAAUUACCUCAGAAACUUAAUGAUUCUACAGGGGACAUGCGUCUCGAUCAUAUUUAAGGUAGAUGUGGCUGCGCUGCACAAUAAUAUUCCGCAGGGUCGGCAUACUGAGCUUUCGGAGAGCAUUCCACGCCGCUGCUCCGAAGAUGGCCAAGAGUCGGUUUGAAUACGUCAAGUCCUUCGAGACGGAAGACAGGCUCGACCCCAAACACUGGAUUGUCAUCUCCUUAAAGCAUAGCCAUUAUGAUAAGCUUGCAGACACUUACGACCUGGAGAAACCCAACGAUAGGCGGUUGAUUCAGCUUCUCGAGGCGUCCACCAAGUUGGUGAUGAGCGAUUUCAAGGAACUGGUGCUCGCCUAUGGCUUCGGGGCAGAGUUCAGCCUGGUAUUCGCGAAGAACACAACGCUGUACAGGAGGAGAGCCCCAAAGCUUCUGACUAAUUUGUGCAGCUUAAUGGCCUCGUCAUUUGUGCAGCUUUGGCCACUGCACUUCAAAGAAUGCUCCCUCAUAGACCCUCCUGUAUUUGAAGGCACCGUCCACCUUUUUCCCGACGACCAGAGCCUGAGGGAUUACAUGACCCAGCGCCAGUUGGUGUGCCACCAUCGGAAUCUGAAUAAUACGGUUUUCUGGUCACUAGUACGGGAUUGCAGAGUAAGUGUGGAUGAAGCCCAAGAUAUAGUGAAAGGAGCAAAGAGUGAAGGUGAUAAAAAUGAAAUUCUAUUUUCCAAAUGUAACAAGAAUUACAACAAAGAAGAGGAUGUCUUUAAAAAAGGGACCAUCAUUGUUCGCACCAGUACACAAGCCUCGGUUCGGACGCCAGAUGGUUCAGUGACCCAACGAAAUCAAAGCUGCUUGAGCAACUUGUGUUUUGAUUUUGUGAAAGAUCAGUUUUGGAGUGAGAUUUUUGUUCUAGAUCAGCCUACAAAGGUGAAUCCAAAGACUAAUUACCUGAAGGAUUUUGAGAAGAAAGUGAAAUUACUACCUCAUUCUUGGAUUGUUGUUAGAAUUGAUGGAAAAGGUUUUCACAAAUUUUCUGAAAAACACAGCUUCACCAAACCCAACGACAUUCGGUCUAUUGAACUGAUGAACAGGGCGGCCAAGAGGGUAAUGGAGGAAUUCCCUGACAUCAUCCUGUCAUACGGGCAGAGUGACGAAUAUACAUUUGUGAUCGACCGAUACUCUAGGAUGCUGGACCGAUGUUCCAACAGGGCCAUGUCGAGUAUUGUCAGUUUAUUUGGCAGUACUUAUGUUCAUAAUUGGGUAGAAGUGUUUGAGAAUACUCCACUGCAGUACAGUCCUGCUUUUGAUGCGCGAGCCGUCCUCUACCCCAACAACUCGUGCUUAAGGGACUACCUCAGCUGGAGACAAGCAGAUUGUCAUAUCAACAAUAUGUACAACACCUGCUUCUGGGUCCUAGUGCAAGAAGGGAACAGAUCCCGGCAAGAAGCUGAGGAGAAACUGAGAGGAACAUUCUCCAAAGACAAGAGGGCCAUUCUCAAGGAGUUCAGUCGCGAGUACGACGAAGAGGAUGCCUUGUACCGCAAAGGAACAGUCAUGUAUAGGGAUAAGUUGCAGAGUGAUGAAACAGAAGACACUAAAGCAUCUGCAAAUGAAUCAUGCAAAGGGCCUGGAAACAUUGCUGUGGAACAUGUUGACAUGAUUGGUGAUGCAUUUUGGGAACAAAGACCUUGGAUUCUGGGAAAUGAACGCAGUGUAAGAACUUUAGAAGAUAUAGAUUAUUGAAAAUAAAGUUGUUUUAUAGGAAAGUACAAUCUGUUCAUGUUUUAUAUUGCUCAAAAUGUUUAUCGACAUAAAUGUUUGUUAAUAUAGAUGUUAAUUUUGUUUUAUUUUCUGUAAUUUUGUACUUUCUUAAUACAUAAGAAAUUCUGUUUAACUUAUCAUAUUGCAUAGUUUUUCAAAAUAAUUUUACAGCUAAAGAAGGAAACUAUGAGUUGAAGAAUGGUGUUGUAAUAUAUGAAAUAAAUUUUUAACCAUUUGAA